AUGUGGAAACAGAUUCUUAGUAAGCUUCCUAAUAAGAAGUCUUCGUCUUCAAAGAACCAUUCUUCAUCUAAUGCCACUGCAUCUACUUCCAAUAGUACUACUGAUAAUGGCGCCGCGAAUUCGUUUCCUGUAAACUCUCCUGUUCCUGAUUCAGGGGUUAAAGAUGGUAACUUAAAGGGGAACGGGAACGGUUCCACGCCGUUUGAAGCAUUGCCGAGUUUUAAAGAUGUUCCGAAUCCAGAGAAGCAAAACUUGUUUAUGAAAAAGCUCAGCUUGUGCUGUGUAGUGUUUGAUUUCGCUGAUCCGACAAAGAACUUGAAGGAAAAAGAGGUAAAGCGGCAGACAUUGCUUGAGCUGGUUGAUUAUGUGGCUUCUGCGAAUGGGAAAUUCAGCGAAACGGUUAUCCAAGAAGUAGUUAGAAUGGUUUCUGUUAACAUAUUCAGAACGUUGAAUCCUCAGCCGCGAGAGAAUAAAGUUAUUGACGCAUUAGACUUGGAGGAAGAAGAGCCUUCCAUGGAUCCUGCUUGGCCUCACUUGCAACUUGUCUAUGAGCUUCUCUUGAGACUUAUUGCUUCGCCUGAGACCGAUACCAAGCUGGCUAAGAAAUACAUCGACCAGUCUUUUGUCUCACGGUUACUGGAUUUGUUUGAUUCCGAGGAUCCGAGAGAAAGAGAUUGUUUGAAAACCGUUCUACAUCGCAUCUACGGUAAAUUCAUGGUUAAUCGUCCUUUCAUAAGGAAAUCUAUCAACAACAUUUUCUACCGGUUUGUUUUCGAGACUGAAAAACACAACGGGAUUGCUGAGUUUCUAGAGAUUUUGGGAAGUAUCAUCAAUGGAUUUGCUCUGCCGCUUAAAGAAGAGCACAAAGUGUUUCUUGUUCGAGCUUUGUUACCUCUCCACAAACCCAAAUGCUUGCAAAUGUAUCAUCAACAGUUGUCUUAUUGUAUCACACAGUUUGUGGAAAAAGAUUGCAAACUCGCUGAUACGGUUAUAAGAGGACUGUUAAAGUCUUGGCCCGUCACAAAUAGUUCCAAGGAAAUCAUGUUUCUAAACGAGCUAGAGGAAGUAUUAGAAGCAACUCAGCCACCUGAAUUCCAACGGUGUAUGGUCCCAUUGUUUCGCCGAGUUGCUCGGUGUUUGGCCAGUCUCCAUUUUCAGGUUGCAGAGAGAGCUUUCUUCUUAUGGAACAACGAUCAUAUCGAGAAUCUAAUAAUGCAGAACCGUAAAGUUAUCCUUCCCAUAAUUUUCCCUGCAUUGGAGAGAAACGCGCAGAAGCAUUGGAACCAAGCUGUUCAUGGCUUGACGCUGAAAGUGCAGAAGAUAUUUAGUGACAGUGAUGCAGAGUUGUUCAAAGAAUGUCUUGCUAAGUUUAGGGAAAACGAAUCAAAAGAAGCUGAAAUCGAAGCAAAACGCGAGGCGACAUGGAAACGGUUGGAAGAAAUUGGGAUGCAAAAGCAAAAGUAA